GUGAUGCCACAGGAGAUGAGAUGGAAGCACCAACCCCAAGACCUCUUGUGGCUUCAUCCAACUGGAGCACCAGAAAAACGAUCUUUUCAGAAAGCUGGAGGGCAGCAAGACCACAGCUGGUUAACACUGCAGUUGCACGAGAAAAUGUGGAAGCCCACAUGUGCCAACAGUGUUCGAGCAAUUCCGCUGUUGUCCGUUGCCGUGAUUGCCGUCCACGCCCCUUCUUCUGUGCCGAAUGUGAUGUCAGCAUGCACACCAGACACCCCCUCCACAACAUAGAUGGCAGUACUUCGGGAUUCUUCCAGCCAUUGCCCCCAACAACUUAUGUGUUGAAAAGGGCCCUUAUCCCCUGUGUGCGUUAUGUACCUGUGGAGAUCCCUGAAAAAAUCUGUGGUUGUCCAACAGACUCAUUAAGGAUCAAACCAGGAAAAUCUGUGGCUGUGAUCACAAUGAAUGGACGACAUGAGCUCAGCAUGCCAGAGUUGGCUUGCAGUGCAUGCAAAGCCACUUGGACUGCUGGAGUUGAGGAAGUUCUUAGGUGUGACUACUGGCCAGCUACACUUCACUUUGCCACAAUCUAUGAAACAGAUGUUUUCUUCUCAUUUGAAGAAUUGAAAAUGGCUGCACCUGGACUGUCCUGUCAGGCAUUUUUAAAAAUGCUCGAUCAGCGAACUGUCCGCUUUGGGCGUACAGGGAAAAUCUCAGGCGAUAGCUUCUUGAAAAGCUUCUUCGAGUGGGAGGCUGUGAGAUAUGAGGUGGACAGCCUCUGCAAGGAGGAGCCCUUCACCUGCCGAGCAUGCAGCCCGGAUAUGCUUGCGGUUUCUGUGGAUGGAAACCGCAAGCAUUACCGCUUCAAAAACGCAGCAAGAUCUGAGGAGCAGGCCAUUUUCAAUGACGUCUUCAUAGCAAAGGAUGAAGACGUCACACGAUUUGUCAACCAUGUUCACAGCACAACAAAACAUGUCUCCGGAAGAGGUGUUUGUGGCGGGGAAUGGUCGGCGGCUCGAGAGACGUCCCAAAAAUCAGCCAGCAAACUGGACGAGGAGGGACUGGAGCUGGCUGUUUGUCGUCAUGGAGUCCUCCUCUGUGCCCUCAACAUGUACAGGGGAGAAAUCUUUGCCUAUCCCCUCUCCAGGAAAAACUGGCCAGUAGUAGGCCUACAUUCUUUUGCAUGGAUGUAG